AUCUCCCACAUCAAGACUUCACGAAGCCUCCACAUCAUGUGCCACAUCCCGGUCGUCUGCUGGAUCACUGCUACAGUUCUGGAGCACAUGUUGACCACAGAGCAGAGAGGAGGGCUGCCCAAGACCCUGACUGACCUGUACUCACACUUCCUGCUGGUUCAGACAAAGAGGAAGAAGCACAAGUAUGAUGAGGGACAUGAGACGAGUCCACAGGAGCUGAUGGAGGCUGACAGGGAAGUUCUUCUGAAGCUGGGGAGGCUGGCGUUUGAACAUCUGGAGAAAGGAAACAUCAUGUUCUAUCAAGAAGACCUGGAGCAGUGUGGUCUUGAUGUCACAGAGGCCUUGGUUUACUCAGGAGUUUGUACAGAGAUCUUUAAAAGAGAGAGUGUGAUCUUCCAGAAAACAGUCUACUGCUUUGUUCAUCUGAGCAUUCAGGAGUUUCUGGCUGCAGUCUACAUGUUCCACUGUUACACAGAGAGGAAGACAACAGAGCUGAGGACUUUCCUGGGACAAGACUACAAACACUGGAACUCAAAGCCAGAGUCUAUUAUCAGGAAUACUUUUAAGCAUUUUGGAAACAACAAUAGCAGCUACCCCUCACUCGAUGUCCUCCUGAGUGAUGCCAUGGAGAAAUCCCUUCAAAGUAAAAAUGGCCACCUGGACCUGUUUGUUCGCUUCCUUCAUGGCCUGUCUCUGGAGUCCAACCAGAGACUCGUAGGAGACCUUCUGGGUCAGAAAGAGAACAGACCAGAAACCAUCCAGACAGCCAUCAACAACCUGAAGGAGAUGAACAGAGAUGAUAUCUCUCCUGACAGAAGCAUCAACAUCUUCCUCUGUCUGAUGGAGAUGAACGACCGCUCAGUACAUCAGGAGAUCCAAGAGUUCCUGAAGUCAGAGAACAGAUCAGAGAAGAGACUCUCUGAGAUCCACUGUUCAGCUCUGUCCUACGUUCUGCAGAUGUCAGAGGAGGUUCUGGAUGAGUUGGACCUGAACAAGUACAACACAUCAGAGGAGGGACGACGGAGACUGAUCCCAGCUGUGUGGAACUGCAGAAAGGCUGUAUUGAGUUCCUGCAGUUUGUCAGAGAUCAGCUGUGCUUCUCUGGCCUCAGCUCUGAAGUCCAACCCCUCCCAUCUGAGACACCUGGACCUGAGUGUCAACAACAAGCUGCAGGAUUCAGGAGUGAAGCUGCUGUGUGGUUUUCUGGAGAGUCCACACUGUAGACUGGAGACUCUCUCAGAGAGAAGCUGUGAAGCUCUGUCCUCAGUUCUCAGCUCCCAGUCCUCCAGUCUGAAACACCUGGACCUGAGUAACAAUGACCUGCAGGAUUCAGGGGUGAAGCUUCUGUCUGCUGGACUGAAGAGUCCACACUGUACCCUGGAGACUCUCAGGCUGUCAGGAUGUCUGAUCACAGAGGAAGGCUGUGCUUCUCUGGCCUCAGCUCUGAGCUCCAACCCCUCCCAUCUGAGAGAGCUGGACCUGAGCUACAAUCAUCCAGGAGACUCAGGAGUGAAGCUGCUGUCUGCUGGACUGAAGGAUCCACAGUGGAGACUGGACACCCUCAGGGUGGAGGCUGGUGGAGUCCAAUGGUUGAGACCAGGUCUGAGGAAGUAUUUCUGUGAACUCACCAUCGACACAAACACAGUAAACAGAAAGAUCAAACUGUCUGACAACAACAGGAAAGUGACACGUGUGGAGGAGGAUCAGUCACAUCCUGAUCAUCCAGACAGAUUUGACCAGUGUCCUCAGCUGCUGUGUAGUAAUGGUCUGACGGGUCGCUGUUACUGGGAGGUCGAGUGGAGAGGAAGGGUUUAUAUAUCAGUGAGUUACAGAGGAGUCAGAAGGAAAGGAGACAGAGAAAACUGUUGGUUUGGAGAGAACGCUCAGUCCUGGAGUCUGAGCUGCUCUGAUGGUGGUUACUCUGUUUGUCACAAUAACACAAUAACACCAGUCUCCUCCUCCUCCUCCUUCUCUUCAUCAUCUUCCUCUGUCUCUGACAGAGUAACAGUGUAUGUGGACUGUCCUGCUGGCUCUCUGUCCUUCUACAGAGUCUCCUCUGACUCACUGAUCCACCUCUACACCUUCAACACCACAUUCACUGAGCCUCUGUGUCCUGGGUUUGGGUUCUGGUGGUUUGCUUCCUCAGUGUCUCUGUAGAGUGUAGCAGAGAGAGUUUGAUCCUUUUAGAGAAGCUCU